GCACGGGCGAGGCGACUCGGUGAGUAGCCACGCGUGCUCGUACCCGUCCGUUGUUGCACAUCGACAUUAACCGCUUUCAGUGCUAGAGCGCGUUCCUCCGCGCUAUACUCACAUAACCUAAAAGUUAAACAAUCCUGAUAAUUUUAGUACUAUUCAUUGUAAAACCAUUAAAUACUCAUGAUUACCUCGAAUUUAUAAGUUAGUGUUGUGGAAGUUUACGCCCAGCUAAAGGGCGUACGUGGAGUGUAUUUUUGUGCAACACAAAGUAAAUACAAACGGCAAGCUGUGGGGUUCAGGGGCCUUUUUUUUGCCGCCGCAGGGGAUGUACUAUCCUGUGAGUAACGGCAAUGUCAUCGAUACAGGAACACCAACCUUGCUGCAUAUGGUGGGGACGGGUAUGGCGACCCCGUUCCCGGCGGCGGCGGCGGCUGCGGCAGCCGCGGCACAGUUCGCAGCUAACGGCGACGCGCUCGCCGGCGUGAAGGCUGAGGCUGCCGGUCCGACUGCACCACCUCAGCCCCCGCUCGUUAAGAGUGAAGGCCCACCACCGCCCGCGCCUUUGCCGCCAGCCAAUUUCUCCCCUCAACCGCCUCCUCAACAAACACACGCACAAAAUUCAGUAGAAAAUCAAAACAACAACAAUAAUACGCAAAGCGAAGGCGAAGCAAAUGAAGAGAGCACACCAGUAAGUGUGGCGGCGGCGGUGGUGGCGCAGCAAGCCGCGGCCGUAGUGGCGCAGCAAGCGGCGGCGGCACACGCGGCGGCCGCGGCCGUCAGCGCUGCCGUCGCUGCAGGCAAUGUUAACGCCUCCGGCACUCCUGAAAAAACUACUCUCGUACCCGUCUCACAAGCGUCACAACCUAAACGAUUACACGUCUCUAAUAUACCCUUCAGAUUUAGGGACCCAGAUCUUAGAAAUAUGUUUGGGCAAUAUGGCACGAUUCUCGAUGUAGAAAUUAUCUUCAACGAACGUGGUUCCAAGGGAUUCGGUUUUGUAACAUUCGCAAAUAGUGGUGAUGCGGAGCGAGCACGAGAGCGUCUUCACGGCACCGUGGUUGAGGGCAGAAAGAUAGAGGUUAAUAAUGCGACAGCGAGAGUGCAGACAAAGAAACCUCCGACAGUUCCCAACGUGUGUGUCCAGUGGCCGGAAGGUGAGAACCUUCAUUACGAUUUUGCGCUGCGCCGCGAGCCGCGCGCCGCGCCGCACGCCGCCGCCGCCCCCGCCCCGCACGCCCCGCCCCAGCACGCGCUGUCGCACGCCGUGCUCAACCGCGCGGCCGCCUACGCCUCGCAGAUGCACGCCUACGCGCCUGUGUAUUACGACCCGUUCUUAGCAGCCGCGGCGACGGCUGACUCCAACUACAGACUCCAGGCGGCAGCUGCAGCGGCAGCGGCAGCGGCGCCCCUACUGAAGUCUCCGCUAACAUCGGCGCAGCACGCGGCGGCGGCGGCCGCGGCCGCUAACUACGGCGCAGCCGCGCGCGCUGCCGCCGCCGCCGUCAGUGCCGCGCCUGCGCCCGCGCUCGCGCCACUCGCUGCCACGUCAGUACCAACGUCCACCUCCAACACAUUGAUGUCGCUCAUGUACGGUAGAGAGUAUGCAGAUCCAUAUUUAGGCCAUGGAAUCGGACCAGUAUCAGGAUACGGGACUGCAGUGUACAGAAGUGGCUACAACAGAUUUGCGCCAUACUAGAAAGCCAUUGGAUGGAAACGAUUGAACUCGAAUACCUUCGUCACCUUCACCUUAACAUGACAAUGAACUCUCUUUGUAAACGUACAAACAUAAUUCAUAAAUUUAAGGAUCAAUAAUAAACGCUAGCAGACUACCGUGUAAGUAUCUAAGCUUGGGUAGCAAACUAACGAAGUAACGAGCGAGCGUGGAGUCGUGCAGUCGUCGUGUCGUCGAGUUGUCGGCGUCCACAACUUAUGAAAUACCAAAGUCAUUAAAAUUUCUAACAGAAUACUUUAUAAGUUGAACUUAAUGUAAAUUAUUGUGUACCUAAUGCUAUACAAGUGCGAGCAGCUAAAGUGAUUGCUUUCGUUCUAUUUAGAUAUUCUAAGGGUUACUAUAAUUUUAACAGAAGUGAAUUCAUCUUCCGAU